GGUUUUCAGGUAUAACGUUCCGUGUAUGAACAGGUGGGAUUCAGGAUUGCCCGGAUCUUUGGACGGUCUAAUCCUUCUUUGAUGAGCGAAUGAAGAAACAAAACUAACCAGCAGCUGGGUUUAAGGUAUAAGGUUCCAGGUGCGGACAAGUCACAUAGAGGAAGACACGUUUGAUGCAGGCACCUUCAGAAGUGAACGAUGAAAACGAUGAAAACGAAUCUGUUCCUAUUGUUAGUUUUCAUAUGCCCUUCGUCUGCUGAUUCCAACUGUCUGUGGGCCACGGAAGAAACACCGUGCCCUGAAUGUGUGCUGGGAUGGUAUGAAAGCAGCUGUGACAAGAGGUGUAUUGGUUUCUGUGACAACGGUGGCUGUCACAGAGAUUCAGGACAAUGUCUGCAGUGCCAGGGUGGCUACUUUACCUCCACCUGUACAACAAAGUGUCCCUUACAAUGCAGGGAGAACGAUGACGGGCAUGCAUACUGUAACCGAACGACGGGACAUUGUUUACAAAAUUGUAAAGAUGGUUGGUGGGGAGACAGGUGUGAGCGAGCCUGCAGUGAAGGGUGUGUCGGCAACUCCUGCUUCUCCUGGGAUGGGUAUUGUAACAAUGGCUGCCUCCAGGGUUGGACUGGUGACGAUUGUGGCACAAGGUGUCCAAGCGGCUGCCAUCAAAACGCUUGCGAGCGAGCUAAAAGAGGUAGAUGUACCCAAGGAUGUCGCUUUGGCUUCCAUGGCCAUCACUGUGAUCAACCCUGUGAUAGUCGCUGCAGGGAGCAGGACUGUGUUUACGAUCACCAAAUAAGGUCUGCAAUCUGUAGACAAGGCUGUGUGGACAGAUGGAUGUCUCCUGACUGUCAAAGGAAGUGUUCUCGCAACUGUAAAGCAUGUCUGCAAGAGUCUCGAAAUUGUUCUCGAUGUUCGCAAGGCUAUUGGGGAGUUGCCUGCGCCAGAGUCUGUAGUUCCACGUGUUCUAACCGGACAUGUGAUAUGGAUGGAAAGUGCUUUGCAUGUGAACCUGGUUACUUUGGCAACACUUGUGAACGCCAUUGUGGGACUGAUUGUGGCAGGUGCGACAUGACGAAUAAAGACGGGCGAUGUGAUGACGUUUGUGUCACACUUUGUUCAAACAAUACAAAUGGACUUCCCAGCCAUGGUUAUGCUGUACAUACAGAUGAGAGGAAUACAUCAGACCGUUGUGGAGAUGGAUUCCUGCAGCUUCCUGUCACACUUCUCCUCAUGAACCUGUCAUUCCAUUUAUUAUGUAGAUGAAAUAGUACCACACCAUCCUUUGUUUGGGAUCAGAUUACGACAUAUAACAGCAGCUCAUAUUGAACUAGAUAUUAUUGCACCCCACCAAUAACUGUUUACGCCUCCUUUGCAAUUAGUCAAACUACAAGUAGAUAUUACACUUACUAACUUUAAAGAAUCUGAUCCAAACCAAUUAAUCAGCAGGAAUAUGUCCUGUUAUGCUCUAAACAUAAUUCGCACCAUCCAUCUUCACAGAUGGAUCCAAGGAUGGCGCCAAAGUUGCAAGCGCCACCAUAAUUGGUUCAAAAAAUAUUUCUUCACGAUUAUCAGAUACGGCUACAUAUUUACUGCUGACGCUGAGGCUAUUCAAACAACCUUGACAUAUAUUCAGAAACAAACUGCAUGUUAACUCUUCAUCAUUUUCUCUGAUUCUUUAUAAUGCCUUCAGGCACUUAGGAAUGUCAACCCGAAUCGUCCGUUAAGAUCACUUUUCACCCUGGAUUCUCAUCCUCUGUUAUCUCGAAAGCUUGACCGCUAUCGCUGCUGGGUGAAUCUGAUAUAAUAUUAUCACUUUUAGCUAUUGGGAUUGUUUUUGUGUUUCAUACUGCCCACUUAUAUUAUAUUAUGAUUAUUGUACUUCCCGUAUGUUGUGUAAUGCCAUUGUAAUUAAUGUGCAGUAAUUUGUAUUGAUUUGUAAA